CUGUUUCAUCAACUGAUGUCAUUGGCAUCAGUUAUGAUUGAAAUGAAUGAGGGAUGACAUAAUAUUAGCUGAGCGUCGUGAGUCGAGAUGAUGGCAUCAAUAGGGGAAUUCGAUCCUCUCAACACCAGAGUCCCUGCAACUAAAAUAGAAGUUACUGUUUCGUGCCGGAGUCUGCUGGAUGUGGAUACAUUCUCCAAGUCAGAUCCAGUGGUCGUGUUGUAUUUGCAGGCCGUGGGAACCAAAGAAUGGAGGGAGUUUGGCAGGACGGAGGUAAUCGAUAACACUCGAAAUCCAGAUUUCGUCAGGAAGUUCGUCCUGGAUUUCUUCUUCGAAGAAAAACAAAAUCUAAGGUUUGAUGUGUACAAUGUGGACUCCAGAAGCUGCAACAUUUCCAAACAUGACACACACCAACAGCUCUCAUCCCGGAAAGCUUCCCACGUAGUCUUGUUCUUCAUUUUGUCUGUCUACAUUUUAUCACUCGCUCAGGACUUUCUUGGCCAGACUUUCUGUACCCUUGGAGAAAUCAUCGGCUCCACAGGGGGACGGCUGGAGAGGACCCUCUCUGGGAUACCAGGGAAGAAGUGUGGAGUCAUUAUCUUUACUGCAGAGGAGCUCAGUAACUGCAGGGAUAUUGCUACCAUGCAGUUGUGUGCCAACAAGCUGGACAAAAAAGACUUUUUUGGCAAGUCGGACCCCUUCUUGGUUUUCUACCGGAGCAAUGAGGAUGGAACGUUCACCAUCUGCCACAAGACAGAGGUGAUCAAGAACACUCUGAACCCCGUGUGGCAGCCCUUCACCAUCCCUGUUAGAGCUCUCUGCAAUGGGGAUUAUGACAGGACUGUGAAGGUAGACGUCUUUGACUGGGAUCGAGAUGGAAGCCAUGACUUCAUUGGUGAGUUCACCACCAGCUACAGAGAGCUGUCCCGGGGGCAGAACCAGUUCAAUGUCUAUGAGGUUUUAAAUCCCAAGAAGAAAGGAAAAAAGAAGAAAUACAUCAACUCUGGAACCGUAACUCUGCUGUCCUUCAAAGUGGAGUCCGAAUAUACCUUUGUGGAUUUUAUCCGAGGAGGAACACAACUGAACUUCACAGUGGCGAUAGACUUCACAGCAUCCAAUGGGAACCCCUCCCAGCCCACCUCCCUCCACUAUAUGAGCCCCUACCAGAUGAAUGCUUAUGCCAUGGCCCUGAAAGCAGUAGGUGAGAUUAUCCAGGACUACGACAGUGACAAGCUCUUCCCCGCCUAUGGUUUCGGAGCUAAGCUGCCUCCUGACGGUAAAAUCUCCCAUGGCUUCCCACUGAAUGGUGAUGCAGAGAAUCCAAACUGUGUGGGCAUAGAGGGGGUCCUGGAGUCCUAUUUCCAAAGCCUGAGGACGGUGCAGCUGUAUGGUCCUACCAACUUUGCACCUGUCAUCAACAAAGUGGCAAACUGUGCAGCAGAGAUUACAGAUGGUUCUCAGUACUUUGUCCUCCUGAUGAUCACAGAUGGAGUGAUAUCUGACAUGGUCCAGACCAAAGAGGCUGUGGUCAAUGCAGCAUCACUUCCCCUGUCCAUAAUUAUCGUAGGUGUUGGACCUGCUGAGUUUGAUGCUAUGGAGGAGCUGGAUGGAGAUGAGGUGAGAGUGUCCUCCAGAGGACGUCUUGCUGAGAGAGACAUUGUACAGUUUGUUCCAUUCAGAGACUACAUCGACAGAUCUGGCAACCAGGUCCUCAGCAUGGCCCGGCUGGCGAAGGACGUCCUGGCUGAGAUCCCCGACCAGCUGCUGUCUUUUAUGAAGAGCCGAGGGAUCGAACCGCGACCGGCCCUCUCUUCCUCGCCGCUGCCGGCGCUCCACCGGCACAUCUGACCCCGACACAGCUACGUCCACUCGUCUCUGCCUCUCCACCCUGACUCUCUUUCUCACCCCCUCCGCUUAUCUGCUCUCACCUCCCAUAUAUAGUUAUUUGUCAGUUUAAACGGAGCAGAAGGAUGGACCCGUGGCGUGCCCUCUCCCUCUCUUAUCAUCAGUGAAGCCAAACAGGCGAAUCACACCGACGCAGCGGGCGCUCAUCCCUGACUCACCUGCUGUUCUUCAUCUUUUUCUUCUCUAACUCACCCUGUUAUAGCAUUUCCUUUCAUUUCCUGUAUGACGGAGCGGUGAGACAGAGCCGUGACAGUCCCUCGCUCCUCAUUCUUGAAUUUGUCUGUUUAAUUCCCCUCACCAGACAUGUUUUUGCACUAAAAGUUUUUCU